UCUGAUUGGCUGCUGAUUCUCACCCGACACAGCUGUGAUUGUUUUCUGCAGAGGAAGCUCUCGUCUCUGGUAUGAGCUGUGAGCCUGGAGAAUGGAGCAGCACUGUGUGUUUUUUUCUCUCUCUCUCUCUUUUCAACUAACGAUGAUGUGAGCAAAAGACGUGAUUGCAGUCCUUGUUGUUUAGAGCAGGAAAACACGGAGGGGGUUCCACGCGGCGUGAUCAUUUUCUGUGGCGCGAAUGAACAGGAGUGGAGUGUUCACUGUGGAGCAGACACUGAAGACGUCUGGAGAUCAAGCUUUGAAGUGCCAAAUGUCCAGACUAGAGGACCACUGCUGCAGCUGCUCCUGUGCAACUAAACACCCAUCAUCUGGUGCAAACUGGUUGGCAUCCAAAGCUGAAGAAAUGAUGUCCAUCAUCACGUCGGUUCUGAGCCAGGCCUACGGAUCCCUGCACGACGUCCGGACGGCCAACCUGAUCCGCAGAGGUCUGGUUCUGUUCACGGUCGGAGCGUUUCUUGCCUUGGUGCUCAAUCUGCUGCAAAUACAAAGAAACGUCACCCUGUUUCCUGAAGAGGUGAUGACAACUUUGUUUUCAUCUGCCUGGUGGAUCCCACCUUGCUGCGGAACAGGAGCAGCUGUUGUCGGCCUGCUGUAUCCCUGCCUCGACAGCCAUUUAGGAGAGCCACAUAAGUUCAAGAGGGAGUGGGCCAGCGUCAUGCGAUAUGCUGUAUUGUCGGCAUUAAACCACGCCAGUGUUAAACUAAACUUCGACAACAAUGUUCAGCUCUCCCUGACGCUGGCGGCCCUGUCCUUGGGCCUCUGGUGGACCUUUGAUCGGUCCAGGAGUGGUUUCGGCCUUGGGAUCACCACUGCUUUCCUCGCUACUGUGAUCACACAGCUGCUGGUCUACAAUGGAGUCUACCAGUAUACUUCUCCAGACUUCUUGUACGUACGCUCCUGGCUCCCCUGUAUAUUCUUCUCAGGUGGUGUGACUGUGGGAAACAUAGGACGCCAACUUGCUAUGGGUGGUGUGGAAAAACUUCACAAUGACUAAAAGGUGAAUAGAAGAGUGAGAAGGCCAAAAAAUGAGGCAACGUAAAGCCAGCAUUAAAAAGGACAAGUUUUGUGACAAACUAGAAGAAAGCAACAAGGAAAAAAAAAACUUUUUACGUUGAAUUUAUCCUUUUUUUCUGAGAAAAGGCCCUCAUCUAACGUGCCAUGUCCUCUGCACAUCCUUAUGGCCAAACAGCCCUCCCUCCUGUUUUACUCCAGUAACAUUAAGGCCUCCUUCACUCUAAACACAAGGACAGUGUUUGCCUUUUUUUUGUGUGUGUUUUUAAGUGAUGAGUUGCCCUGUUUUUUUGGCUGGAAGCUCGGGCUAACUCUUUCAGAAAUUUCUCGAGUGGAAGCGAGUGUGUGUGCCUUGGCGUGGAUGUAUUUUGGCCUUUGCAGAGAAUGUCUGGGUUUUUUCUUUUCUUUUUUAAUAUAUUAUGAUCAUAAAAGGGAAAUGUUGUUUGAGUGGGCAAAAAAUGUUCUCACACUCACAUGGAAAUGUAUUCAGUGGCAUCAGUAUCUAACACUGAGGCACAGGGAGAUGUAUGUUCCCAGGCACCAAAUUAAGUAUUUAUCCUCUAGAUUUUGAAUGACCCCAAACCAAAUGUACUGUAUAUGUGAUGAUGAAUGAUGCAGCACGUCUGAGGAGAGAUGGAAAUAUAUACGAGUGCCAAUAAGUUGAUUACCAAACUUAGUCAUAAGAGGGUUUAGAAUAUAGUAAUAGGUUUUUGCAACAGGUGCUGUUUAAGUUCUUAAGCAGCAGAUUUUCAGCACAAGAUUUAAUUCCCUACAUCUGUAAUAGCAUCAGCUUCACCUGGAGGAGUGUUUAUUUUAUUAAAACAAAUGCCACCCAUGAGCACAUUAACUCCUAUUCAGUAUGGAAAGUUUUGAAACAAUGUAAAAGGCGUCCGCAGGCAUUUGAUGUUUUAUUGUAAAAACCAGUUCUCAACACUUCACAGUGCGUUCUUACCUUUGUGACCAGUUGUUAAAUGUCUUGUAAAAUACACCCGUGACAACCAUCGAGAGAAACAUUUACUGUGUGAUUGUAAGGAUUUCCCGCUUGUACCUAGAACAUAGUGAUCAGAGUCUGGGAACAUGAGCAGACUGAAAGAGAGGGCAGGACAUUAAUACUUAAGCCUCGAAGAUUUGCAAUCUGUGAUUGCCUGUGUAUUAUAGAAUGUAGUGCUUUUGUCACUAUAACAGUUUAGUUUUAUCAUUUGUACGAACAUUAUGACAUUGCUUGUAUGUAUAAUGGCUUGACUAUGUAAUCAGACAGGUAUUACCAUACUAGACCUACAGUAUGUUAGUUAGUGUUUGGGGGUCUAGAGGAUUAAGUGCAAUCACAGUAUAUGAGCCGAUUUUUUUUUUUUUUUCCCUUUCCUUCUUCCUUAUUUAUUAUUUCUGACUGGCUAAAAAAAAAAAAAAUCAUUGUUUAUGUAUAUGCAGUGUGGACACAUUGAAAAAGCAAUAACAUCUUUGUUUUUGUCAGAGAUUACAUGCCUUUGGAGUCAAAACCAAUGACUCUCAUCAGAGAGAAAACAAAACCUAUAGUGUGUCAAAGUGGUCUCAUUUAGUAGCAUUAUUGAAGGAAACCUGAUUUAUUUUUUUAAAUACGUCUUUGUGGCAGAUGUUAGAGAAUCUGCAUACAUUCAGGUGUGCUAAACUGAAGAGGAAGCUUUAUUUUUUUUGAGGUGGUGAAGCACCUUUUUGUUUUGAUGUUUAGAGGUUCUGUGUCUGAUAUUUCAGCAGUGUAUCAUUUUUGCUACCUUGGAUUUAAGUGAAAAUAAAAGCACCUGAUAAGUA